GAUGAUGAGGAGGAGGGUGCACACCUUAGAGUCUGUCAAGAUUCUUUAGUCGUUCACCCUCUUGGGUAUUGAGACAUUCAACAUUCAACAUUCAACUUCCUACAUGUGACAAUUCCGAAACAAAAUGUCAACGACAAAUUACAGGUGUUUUUUUGUCUACCUGCAUGAUGUGAAGUAUAGUGACCAUACCUGUCAUUGUCACGGAAAAUCUUUUACCCACGGAGGAAUGAUAAAGGGAAACCACUCAUUAUUCCUCCCGACCCCGAAGCAACUGCGGUUGAGACCACUUGACAUCAGCAAGCAAGGAGGAGGAGGGUUAUCCUGGCUCUCCAAUGUGCCACGUGACACCGGCUGUCGCGUGAAGACUACACACAGCACGCGCCAGUCGAUGGUGUGCCGGGAUCAUGCUGGACGUCCUCGGGACUGAUCACCAUCACAGUUUUCCUCUGCUCUUCGUGACACUGGAGAUCACAGUGUUCGUGACACUUGACAUCAGCGACAUUGAGCUGUUGGUGACCCUUGACAUCUCAGAGUCGAUGUCACCUUGUGAAACAACAAGCGCCGCUGUCCUUUGAAGUGAAUCAGAAGGUAAUUUUGAACACCUCCAUCUUGUACAGGUGUUUAUUGAGAGCGAGUGAGCCAGAGAAGGCGCCGUGUGUGUUAAGAAGACAUUGCCAGCUUACACAGAGCAAUCCGCAGUUUUGAUUUACUAGUGCUUGCUGGUGUGCCGGCGACCUGUUGUGAGUGUUGGUGCUGGUGUGCCGGCGACCUGUUGGGAGCACCAUGCACUGCAGAUCAUGCCAGUGGCUGGUGGCGCUUGUACUUCUCCACUUCGUGCUGCACGUGCGCGCACAUGCUAGUGCCUCCAGGCAAGUGACGUACGUGUUGAAAAGACUGGAGAACACGUGCUUCGCCCAGGUGUGGACGGAAAGCCAGAAGGUGAUAUUUGAAUAUCAGGUGUUACGCGGAGGUAAUAAAGAUGUCGAUGUUCAAAUAAUCUCCCCUAAUGGCAUGAUUCUGUACGAGAAGCAAAAGUCAGGGAGGGACGAGGUGACUUUCAUACCAAGCAAUGGGGAAUUCAAGUUCUGUUUCGGAAACGAGUUUUCACAGCUCUCUGAUAAGGUGGUGACGUUUUACAUUCAGCCAGUACGAUCAGACUCGUUAUCCGAGGAGGCGGGUGAGCGCCUGCCCACAGUUAAACAGGCUAACGAGGCGACCUGCGAUAACAUCCACCUGGCCUUGACUCGGGUGGCUGACCUGCAGGUCAGUGCCACUUGGAUUGCAGCGAAAAUAUCGAAUACGAGAGGCAAUAAGUCGACAUGUAGCGGAGCAGCUGAACAAGCUGGUGUCGUGGUGGUCGUUGUGCCAGUCGCUGGUGGUCGUAAUAUGCGGCGUGGGCCAGGUAGUCAUCAUGCGAACUUUCUUUACUGAACGCCGGCAGUCCAGCAAACCGCCGCCAGACCAUCCACAGGAACAGCACGCUGACGUCACCUGCGUCAUGUGACACUACCUGACCUCUCAAAGACCGCGUCAUAUGGAAUACCUCAAGGCCACCAGAAGUGACAGAAGACGUAUUGCUGACAAAACAGCCGCCAUUUCCUCCCAUGACAUGUGACAGAAAUAUCACCGUCAGUGGUGGCACGACUGUAAAAUUCUUCGCCUUGAAUGUUGUGUAGCAUGUUGUAUUGACAUUGAGUAGCCUGUAGCAUGUUGUAUUGAUAUUGUGUAGCCUGUAGAAUGUUGUAACUUUGAUCUUCUGUAGCCUGUUGUAUUGAUAUUGUGUAGCAUGUUGUAUUGACAUUGAGUAGCCUGUAGAAUGUUGUAACUUUGAUCUUCUGUAGCCUGUAGCAUGUUGUAUUGACAUUGUGUAGCCUGUUGUAUUGAUAUUGUGUAGCAUGUUGUAUUGAUAUUGUGCAGUCUGUUGUAUUGAUAUUGUGUAGCCUGUAGCAUGUUGUAUUGAUAUUGUGUAGCAUGUUGUAUGUUGUAUUGACAUUGUGUAGCCUGUUGUAUUGAUAUUGUGUAACCUGUAGCAUGUUGUACCUUUGAUAUAGCCUGUAGCCUGUUGUAUUGAUAUUGUGUAGCCUGUAGCAUGUUGUACCUUUCAUAUUGUGUAGCAUGUUGUAUUGAUAUUGUGUAGCCUGUAGCAUGUUGUACCUUUCAUAUUGUGUAGCCUGUUGUAUUGAUAUUGUGUAGCCUGUAGCCUGUUGUACCUUUGAUAUUGUGUAGCCUGUUGUAUUGAUAUUGUGUAGCCUGUAGCCUGUUGUACCUUUGAUAUUGUGUAGCCUGUUGUAUUGAUAUUGUGUAGCCUGUAGCCUGUUGUACCUUUGAUAUUGUGUAGCCUGUUGUAUUGAUAUUGUGUAGCCUGUAGCAUGUUGUACCUUUGACAUUGUGUAGCCUGUUGUAUUGAUAUUGUGUAGCCUGUAGCCUGUUGUACCGUUGAUAUUGUGCUGCAUGUUGUACCGUCAAUAUAAGUUUGUUGCUAGACAAUAUAUGCGACCAUAUCGU